AACCUCAGAGUGAACUCCACAAGCUUGCUGAAAAAUAUGGUGGCUGAUAUCUUUAGGAAGUAACCAGGCUCGAGCCUUGGGGUUGAUUUUUGCCCAGUCACAGACUUCCAAAGGUGCACCAUGUAGAUCUGAUCGGGUCUGAGCAUCAGCGUUUGGUCCAUCUCGAACUGAAAUCAUCUGGCGGGCUUUCUUCAAGCGCGCAUUUUAUAUACAAGACUUGGCGGUUCAGUUUGCCGCUAAAUUUCUCCCCACCGACUCCGAUCGAGGGAAGGCCGAGGAACGCCAUGAGCUCCGAUUCUUCGAAGUCCGGCAAGCGCGGCAUUGCCGGCGACUGGCACUCCAGCAAGAAGCAGAAGCAGAAAACCCUAGGAAUGGCGUGGGGUGUCAAUUCUUCCUCGUCUUCUAAGUCGCUUGCCUUCUCCAAGAGAUCUCCCUUUUCCGACUUCAGCAGCUACAUGGAUGAGAAGAAUCGGAAACUCAGAUUGCAAUUCGACGUCAAUGCUUCGAGUACUUCCCGAGGGGAUUCCGCGGCGAAGAAGGGUCUCUUCCACGGAAUAUCCAUAUUCGUGGAUGGAUUCACCAUUCCUUCUAGCCAGGAACUUCGGAAUUAUAUGUCGAAGCAUGGAGGACGCUUUGAGAAUUACUUCUCGAGGCAUCGCGUUACUCACAUCAUCUGUAGUAACUUGCCUGAUUGCAAAAUCAAGAAUCUGAGGUCGUUUAGUAAGGGGCUUCCAGUCGUGAAGCCGACGUGGUUGUUGGACUCAAUUGCAGCUAAUCGUGUUCUGAGUUGGGUUCCAUACCAACUCGAUCAACUUCAGAAUGGAGCUUCAAAGCAGCAUGACAUAUCAUCCUUUUUCUCUUUGAAAAACAAAUCACAAUCUGAGAAGUCGGCAUCAACUGUGAAUUCUCAACGGUCUGAAGUUGAACAACAUUUGGCAAGUUUCAGAAAUGAAGAGAAGUUAUCUCUUGAUGAUUCAUUGUUGCUUCCAGCUGAAGAGGGGACAUGUUUACAUUUGCAAGACAAUCAAUCUACUCUCUCCGAGCAUGCUGACUGCAAGGAUGCAGAAGCGAGUUCCACUGGGACAGAGGGUACAGAUGGUCCUGGUGUAGUUAGCAAAUCACUUACAAUUUCAUUGGCACCAAAAGUUUCUUCACUUGGAGAUCCUAAUUUUGUGGAAAACUAUUUCAAGAGCUCAAGAUUGCACUUCAUAGGAACCUGGAGGAAUCGCUACCGCAAGCGUUUUUGUCAGUCAUCACUCAGAGCUCAUGACAGUUCUAAAUCUAGGGAGCAAACUUCCUCAAAGGACAGAACUGUAAUUCACAUUGACAUGGAUUGCUUUUUUGUAGCUGUAGUCAUCAGAAACCUCCCAGAGUUGUACGAGAAGCCAGUUGCUAUAUCUCACUCAGACAACCCAAAGGGAACUGCUGAAAUUUCUUCUGCAAAUUAUCCUGCAAGAAAUUAUGGCAUACGGGCUGGAAUGUUUGUAAAGGAUGCUAAGGCGCUUUGUCCUCAUCUUAUCAUUAUGCCUUAUCAUUUUGAAGCGUAUGAAGAGGUUGCUGAUCAGUUUUACAGUAUACUUCACAAGCAUUGUAACAAAAUCCAGGCGGUGAGCUGUGAUGAGGCUUUUUUGGAUGUUACGGACUUGGUUGGUCAUGACCCUGAGCAGAUGGCUUCAAUUAUCAGGAAAGAAAUAUUUGAAACUACUGGUUGUACAGCGAGUGUGGGCAUAUCUCUGAACAUGCUUAUGGCUCGUCUUGCUACCAGAAGAGCCAAACCAAAUGGACAAUAUUAUAUACCAGGAGAGAAGGUUGAUGAUUACCUGGCUGACCUUCCAAUCAAGGAGCUUCCAGGUAUUGGACAUGCCUUGGCAGAGAAGCUGAAUGAUCAAAAUAUUCAGAGCUGCGGCCAGCUGCGCAUUCUUCCAAAGGAAACCCUGAGGAGGGAAUUUGGAACAAAGACUGGUGAAAUGCUUUGGCACUCCAGCAGAGGAAUCGAUGAUCGAGAAGUUCAAAUUAUUCAGGAGAUUAAAUCUGUUGGCGCAGAAGUAAACUGGGGUGUGAGGUUCAACGACUCUAAUGAUAGUCGGCAUUUCCUUCUAAAUCUAUGCAAAGAGGUCGCAUUGCGCUUACAAGGGUGUGGAAUGCGAGGCCGAACGAUCACCCUCAAGGUAAAAAAGCGGAAAAAAGGUGCACAGGAGCCUAUAAAGUACAUGGGAUGUGGAGAUUGUGAUAAUCUUAGCCACUCAUUGACAAUUCCUACUGCAACAGAUAAUAUGGAUGUGCUCUCGAGAAUAUGUGGGCAUCUAUUUUCCUCAUUCUGUUUAGAUGUGAGGGAGGUGAGGGGUGUCGGCUUGCAGGUUUCAAAGCUAGAAGCUGCAGAUAUUUCUGUAACAGGUCAUGAAAAGAAUAAACUGGAAUCGUGGCUAAUUUCUCCUGUUCACGUUGCAAAGCAACCAUGUGAGUUGUCCAGUCCAGCAACUGAAAAGGCCAUAGCAGGUUUGAGUGAUCAAGACAAGAGCAAUGCUGCUGGACGCAGACAGUUGGGUGCGGAUGCUGUUGGAUCUUCAUGUCAGAUGGAUGAAGCUGAUGUUAUGAGAACCACACCUGGCUUCAGUUUACCACCAUUUUGUCAACUUGAUCUCUCUGUUCUGGAGAAUCUUCCACAUGAGAUUGUUGCAGAGAUCAAUCAACUGUACAAUGGGAAGCUUGAUUUUAUUAUUAAAAAGAAUAAAUUUGUGGACAUUAAAGAAAAUUCUUUGAUACCACUUGAACCUGUAGAUGAAGUGUCUGAUGAUGAUCGGCAUCAUAAGAUACUAGGUCAGACUUCAGAUAAAGCAGCUUGUACAGGAACUGAGGCAAAUUCAGAGGUCUCGUUCAAGGGAAAGGAGCCCUUUUCAUCUCCUAUUCAGGCAGUACAGACUUCAAAGAAGAGCAUCACAUCCUUGUCAUCUUCAACAUCGUCUGAUAAAAACAUUGUUUCCGAAGAUAAAAAACUGGUUGAUGUGAUGCCAAGCUCCUUGAGUCAAGUCGACUUCUCAGUUCUACAGGAGUUACCUCCCGAACUACGCCAUGAUAUUCUUGACUUCCUUGCUCCACAAAGAAUUGUACAGGUUUCUGUUGAUGCUGAUGUCACCCCUGGAGAACAGCGUUAUCCAGUUGGCCCUGAAACCACAAGGCCUGGAUAUCCUGUCGUGGAAAAAGAUGGCGAUCAUCUAAAUCUUUGGAAGGGGAAACCGCCAGAGUGGGUUGAGAAGUUUAAAGAGAGUAAUUGCUUGAUUUUAAAUAUUCUGUCAGAACAAUAUUGCAGGCCUAAUUCAGAUGGCCUUUUGUCAUCCACUUUACAUGGCUUCAUUUUGUCCAUGUCAAAUUUGGACAUCUGUUGCAGUCAAUGGAUUGAAGCUCUUCCCAGCUUUUGUGAGCUUCUUAAGCAGUAUAUCGUGCUAAAAAUUCAUUCAGAUAUUGAGGAGAUCUAUGUCUGCUUUUGUAUUUUAAGAAGGUCUGUGAAGAAGUCGGAAUUUCUUCAUCAGGUUUAUGACAUGGUUGUCCCUUUUCUCCAGGUUUCGUUCAGUGAAACAUACGGGGGAAAUAUGUUACUUUGAUAUGUAGAAAGGUCAACUCUGAAGAGCACUAGAGUCUUUAUCGCGUGCAGAUCAAGACUAUAGAAUUGAAAAUCUGUCAAAGGCAAGUAAUGGAUUAAGGACGUAUAUCUCAUGUGUUUCAGACGUUAUGGUGGUCACACUAUAAAAGCGAACAGUCAAAGUGACAAAGUCAAUGAUGGUGGCUGUUCGAGCUUAUGAAGUAUAGCGUCCAUGAAACUGUUAAAAGCUUACCAGCUUAGCCUGAUCAUAAAAGGCUCAUGUAUGGGAGACUAGGCUUGGGCAUCACUAUAGAUUCAGCAUAGCAGCUCACAUCAUGACUGGUUUCCUGAUGUGCAUUAUUGUUGGGUGUUUUGCAUGAUCAAGAAUUUGCUGUUGAGAUGAAGCGGUGCCUCUGUGUGCUAGAAGGAGCUCAAUUGUUAUGGCUGGGAAAGGGUAACUGGUCUCUGGUGUUGGCCUUCUGUAUCCAUGCAGGGAAUGCUGCCCUACCGAUGCAUUUUUACAUCCCACAGCCAUUUGAUUAACACAGAGGAUUUUGCAUGGGAGAGUUUGGGUCUGUCAAGACACUCUCCAGAAUAUAGGUCUGAGUAUUUGGUAUACCACAUGCUAGACUGGCUGACUCUGCAUGCGAUCGCAGACAUCCAUCUUAUUUUGGGAGGGCUUGAAUAUUGUGAAGAGAUGAAAGCAGGCAGAAACUUCCUGCGAGCCAUUUAUCAAACAUUGCUCUGGAGGAUGUCGAGUAUAAGGGCCAUGGCUGGUGCUUGUCAUAGGCUCAUAGCUCGGUUCUUACUCGAGGCUUUUAUUUUUCCGUUAGAAAAAUAGCUACGGAAGUACUGGCGAAACCGCCGCACGAAGACUUCAACCUUGCUGGUAAGCUCUCCGUUUUGCAGAGAUAUUUGUUUGGUGCGCUUUCUCCUGUCUCGGUUUUUGAAAGUGAAACAGAUUACUGGUGACAAAGAUCAUACUUGUUUUGCCUUGGAAUUUUUUAGAGUCUUGUCGCUUACAAUUGAGGGCAGAGAAAGAACUGUAGGCUGCAUAAGUGGCAUAAAAUGUACUGUUCUUACUCUUUGAAAGGAUUGAUUGUUGUUGACGUAUGGCUGUGACCAGCUAUCACAACGAGUGACAGGUGGUACGUAAUCACCCUCUUCUCCCGUCCGAGAUUUCAUUUAUGUAU